AUCCAUCAUCAUCAUCAUCAUCAUCAUUCAUAAUCAUUCAUGCCGGUGUGUAUCAUGAGCGCUCAAAUCGUAAAUGUGUAAAGAUAAAAAAAAAAAAAAUUUCCGCUUAAAAUGUUUAAAAAUAGUAGGAAUAAGAACAAAUUGAGCUCAUAUUUUUUAUAAAUGAACUUUUUUGGUACGCAAAUCGUUGGGUACUUUUGUGUUCAUUCUUUUAUUUGAUUUUUGAUGUUGUUUUGAAAAUUUAAAACAAUAAUGUUGAAAAUUUCACCAAUUUUACGUUUAUAUCGUUCGAAUUCAUCAUCAAUCAUACAACGAUGUACACAGAUACAGAUGAUAUCAACAAGAAAUCUGACCAGUGGUGAUAAUCAUCAUGAUUAUUUAAGUCCAUACGUUCAGCUACCAUAUUCAUAUGCAUUUGGUCGUAGUCAAGGAAAUGUUAUCUAUAAAACCUUGGGACAACUUAUGGAUGAACGGGCAGAAAAAGAUUCUGGUCGACCAUUCAUAGUUAGCCAUCAUGAAAAUAUUAAAAAAUAUUUUGGUGAAUUUUAUGAAGAAAUAAAUCAUUUGGUUAUGGCCAUGCACGAUCAUUUAAACAUAAGACGUGGUGAUGUUGUUGGAAUUUGGAGUAGCAAUGUUUAUGAUUGGAUUGUCAUACAAUAUGCUUGUUUACGUCUUGGUGCCAUACUUUGUACGGCUAAUCCAUUUUAUCAAUCACAUGAAUUAGAUUAUGCUAUUCGUAAAGGUGAAAUGAAAGCAUUGUUUAUGCCCGGUAAACAAUCAAAACAAAAUGAAGUGAAUGAUUUUUUCAAAAUUAUUCGUGAAACUUUGCGCAAUAAAUCUGAGAAUGAAGAACUUCCACUUCAUCUGAAGAAUAUUAUUACCAUUGAUGGUGAACGUUAUGAUGAGAAUGAUUUUCCAUCCAAUCUUCAAAUCAAAACAUUUGAAUUGUAUAAACUUAAACAAUAUAAAGCAGAAUUGGAUCGAUCAAUAAUCGAAGCUGUAUUGCCUGAUGAUCCGGCCAAAAUUGUAUUCACAUCCGGUACGACAGGAAGACCUAAAGGAGCUUGUUUAUCACAUUUUACACUUGCCAAUAAUGUUUCAUUAAUAAUGCGUCAAUUUGAAAUUAAUGGUGAAGCAAAUUGUUGUCUUCCAUUGCCAUUUUUUCAUUCAUUUGCCGGUGUACUUGGUAAUCUAAUGCCAUUGGCAUUUCCUGAAUCGCAAAUAGUUAUACCAUUUUUGAAAUAUAAUUUACGCGAUUUUGUUGAAUGUAUACAGAAACAUAAUGUUACAUUUUUAUUUGCAACACCAACAUUGGCCAUUGAUUUAUUCAAUUAUGUUUCACGAAAGAAUCAUCAAUUACCAACAUUGAAAGCUGUUUUAGCUGGAGGUGCAGCUGUACCAGAAGAAACUGUUUAUCAAUUUAAAGCUACAGUGCCAAGUUGUACAGAUUUUCGUAUCGGUUAUGGUGCAACUGAAACUGGACCUGGUUUAUCUGGGAAUCGAACAGAUAGUUCUGAUGUAGAUAAAGCUCAAACUGUUGGUCAACCGAUUGAUUUUGUUGAAGUAAAGAUUGUUAAUCCAGAAACAAAACAUUUAGUAAAAAUUGGUGAAACUGGUGAACUUCAUACAAGAGGACAUCAUGUUAUGAUUAGUUAUUGGAAAGAACCGGAAAAGACUGCUAAAGUAUUACAAAAUGGAUGGUAUAAUACUGAAGAUCUUGCAACAAUGGAUGAAAGAGGAUAUAUUAAAAUUGUUGGACGUACAAAAGAGAUGGUCAUUGUUGGUGGUGAAAAUGUUUAUCCACGUGAAAUUGAAGAAGUAUUGCAUAUGUUACCGAGUAUCGAAAUUGCUAGUGUGGUUGGCGUACCUGAUGAACGACGUGGUGAAGAACUUUGUGCCUGGAUCAAAUAUCGUGAAGGUGUUCCGGAACAAUCGCAUGAAGAAUUGCAAGAAUUUUGUAAACAAAAAUUGGCCUAUUUUAAAGUGCCGAAAUAUUUUCUAACGGUCGAUGAUUUCCCCAUGACACCCACAAGAAAGCAACAAAAAUAUUUAAUGCGAGAUAUUUCAGUUGAAAAAUUAAAAUUAAAAAAAUCAACAAAAAAAUAAAAUUCCAUAUGACCUAAAAAAGAUUUAUAAAUCUUCACGAUAGAUGUCGACACAUUAUCAUGUGAAAAUAUAACAAAUCAAAUUGA